UGCCUGAGGGCAACGCUGUGCCGUGGAGAGUUCAAUAGAAACUAUGUUUAUUACUCUUUGGUGGAGGAUAGAUUUUUGAGUACCUGGCAAAAAAGUGGGCGGUUAUCGGUUACGUCCCUACAUAAGAGUAAAUCCUAUUGGCCAGCGAGCUCGAAAGAUCGCUCUGCUAUUGGCUGGGAGCGCUGUGUGAGUCUCGAGGGCGUCACGAGACUGCGCUGGUCAUCAAAAGUAGAAGCCUGGGCUCGGCUUCGUGAUUCGGAAGUGAGGAGCAGCAACACAGGCAGGGCCGGGCAGUGUGUGGUAUUGAGAACUCACCUGAGCGAUGGAUUUCCGCCUAAUCUGCGCCGUCUUGCUGCCUCUGCUCGCCUUCACUCGGGCCGAGCAGGUGAAGUUUGCUGACUGUGGUUCUGUUGAGGGAAAAGUUUCCCAGGUCGACAUUAGUCCAUGCCCAACACAGCCGUGUGUGCUUCACAAGGGGAAGAGCUAUACUGUAAACGUGACUUUCAGCAGUGAUGUUGACAGUCAGACCAGCAAAGCAUUGGUUCAUGGAGUGAUCGCCGGUGUUCCUGUCCCCUAUCCCAUUCCCGAAGAGGACGGCUGCAAGUCUGGAAUCAAGUGCCCGAUUCAGAAGCAGAAAAGCUACAGUUAUAUCAACGAGCUUCCAGUCAAAGCUGAGUACCCCUCAAUAAAAGUGGUUGUUGAGUGGGAACUGAGAGAUGACUCAAGCAAAGAUCUGUUUUGCAUCAAGUUUCCUGUUCAGAUUGUGAGCUGAGUCGACACAGAUGCCAACAGGGAGUCGCUUCAAAAGGGAUCUCGAUUACUAAUGAUGAGUCUUGCAUUUUUCUACGAACUCACCUUUUUAAAAAUGAUUUAGUAUUUCUGUUUGUUUUUCUAAUGAAUGUUAUGUCAUUUUAAAUUGUUAACUUCUGUAAAUGUCAGUCUAGUCAUGUUUUAAAAAAAAAAAAGGUAUCUGUGAUCAUCUGAGUGAGAUACUGUGACUUGGUGUCAUGUUCAGUGUUGAUUAUAACCACCUUUCAUUGGCUGCUGUGUGGCCAGAUUGUGGUCAUCGGUUUUCUAAACUUUUAUAAUAUAUACAUCGAUUUAAUGCUUAACUUUUAAUUUUCUUAAAACUGCAUCUCAUGUAAAGAUUCAUAUUUUAAACACUGUACCUGAAAUGAUCUGAAAUAAAAAACUUUUAAGUAAUCAAAA